UCGUGUGCGGGUUGGGAUUUGCGUGUUUUCCAGAAGAAAAGCGUCGCAUGCUGCAUUGAGUUGCAUCGUUGAUGUUGAGUUGGCGUUUUGGGUGAAAACCCCGACUAGGAGCCCAAACGCAGGAAUGAUGAACUAAAGGUUCAGAAGUUUUCAGUAGACCCAACCAUCUUCAGCACAGCCGGCGUGCAGCUGUAGAUGUGAUGCAGUUUACUGCUACAGGGUAAAAAUAAAGUAACAUGACACUCAGGAAAGUGAACGUGGUGAUCCUCGUCCUGCUCUCGAUCGCUUUUUUAAUCAUUGUGCAUCGAAAUCUGCUGAAUCUCAGUGACUUCUUGAAGCGAGAUGGUUCAGAUGCAGCCCCGGGUGCGAUCCUGCCCUUUGAAAGUGGAUUCUUUGCGGAGCGUAAGGUCAGGACAGGGGAGGAGAUCCCGGUAGUGAUCACGGCCUCUGAGGAGAGACUGGGCGCCGCUGUGGCUGCCAUGAACAGCGUCAACCAGAACAGCAAAGCCAACAUCGUGUUCAGCAUCGUGACACUCAACGAGUCUGUGGAACAUCUCCGGACUUGGUUGAGUAAAACAGACAUCAAGCACAAGAUCAUCACGUUUGAGCCAAAAAUCCUGGAGGGGAAGAUUUCUUCCAAUGCUCAGAAAUCUGAUGUGGAAAAACCGCUCACUUUCGCCAGAUUCUACUUGCCGAACUUUUUACCCGAUGCAGAGAAAGCAAUUUACCUGGAUGAUGACAUUAUUGUUCAAGGAGACAUCCAGGAACUUUUUGACACGAGUCUGAAGCCUGGCCAUGCUGCCGCUUUUUCAGAUGACUGCGACUCUGCAUCUUCGAAGGGCAUCGUUCGAGGAGCAGGAAACCAGAACAGUUACAUUGGCUUUCUGGACUUCAAAAAGGAAGCUAUUAGGAAACUGGGAAUGCGAGCAAAUACAUGCUCUUUCAAUGCUGGAGUGAUCGUGGCAAACUUAACCGAAUGGAAACACCAAAACAUCACCCAGCAGCUUGAAAUGUGGAUGGAACGAAAUGUCAAGGAAGGUCUUUACAGCAACAUGCUGGCAGACAGCUUCACCACACCACCGCUACUUAUCGUGUUUUACAAGCGCCACUCCACCAUUGAGCCCCUGUGGCACGUCCGACAUCUCGGAGCUACCGGACCUGGAAAUCGCUACUCGGCACAGUUCAUCAACGCUGCUAAACUCCUCCACUGGACUGGACAUUAUAAACCAUGGGGCAGAACCUCGUCCUACUCCAAUAUUUGGGACAAGUGGUACAUUCCAGAUCCCACUGGUAAAUUCCAUCCAAUCAGAAGACAUUCAGGGGACAAGUAAAGACUUGAAGAUAAAUUUAUCGUAACACUUUGCACAAAUAUUUUGGUUCUCUAAGACAUCGGAAUUGUCCUGAACAGCGUUCUGCAAUCCUACAGGUCUGAAAUUUAUAAGAAAAGAGUUGGGUUGCUUCACUUCUGGAAUUCUCCAGUAUAUCUGGUGGUUAUUAAGCAGGUCCACGACUCAAAUGGUGUCUUUCAGUCAGCAGCAUGCACACUAUAGUUGAAGCAGUUUCCUUGGCAAUUUGGCUUGAAAACAAGUUAACAAAAUAUUAAAGUGGUGUUUGGUAUGAUGCCUUGAUGGAAAUUGAUCAGAACAGGAAGUCUGAUCUGUGUCUUUAAUUAUACCAACUAUUUAAUUUCUCCUCAUUCCAUAUUGGUUUCUGGACAGGUAUGGCGACUUUACACUUCACCUGAGCUAAAAGCUAAAAGGACCCUUGAGAUGGGAAUAUCAAUGACAGCAUCUCAAAAUCUUAUUAAAGGCAUAUGUUUUAAUGUUUCGUUCCACCAACACCAGCUCAUCAAAACGAUCAUACCCAAGAUCAUUUGGAGGACAAAAACACUAAAAAUACUACCUCAAUCCAUAUUGCCUACAUUCAAAAGAUCCAGCAUUUUUUCAGAUUACUUUUUUGACUGUUUUAAGUAUACAGUUGUUUCAGGGGUAGUCAAACAUCAAUUAGUUUUUUUUUUUUUUUUUUUCCUCUUCCAAGCAUACGACAGAACCACUUAAUUUUGAUUUCCACAAUUCUAAAGCAUGUUUGGCUUUUUUGUUGUCUUACAAGCAUCUUGAGCACAUUUCAUUUCUUGACCAAGUCAUUUCCCUUUUCAGCUGCUUCAUUACUCGUAUGGAAGUGUGUGCCAACAAAUGUGUACAUAAAGCAAAAAUCUAUAUUAUUAAAGAAAGUGAAGCAACA